UGUUGUACAUGUUUUGCAGGUAUUGUCGGUGAUGAAGGAGGUCACAAUAAUGAAGUUGGUUACUACAUUUGGACGCACAAGAAGUUGGAUAUGGGUUACAAUGGAAAGCAUAUAGUUGACGUCAACCUCACAUCUGAAAAUAAAGUCAAGCUGGAGUUGAAUGCUUUCAUUCCCUUCACCUAUGAAGUCAAUUGGUAUCGGUCUAACACCAAAUUUGAGGACCGAUUUGAUAAAUAUCUCGACCCGAAUUUCUUCCAGCACAGAAUUCAUUGGUUCAGUAUAUUCAACAGCUUCAUGAUGGUAAUUUUCCUGGUUGGAUUGGUGUCCAUGAUUCUUAUGAGAACUUUGCGGAAAGAUUAUGCACGUUACAGCAAAGAUGAAGAGUUGGAUGACAUGGUAAGACUUAUGACAUCUGCUUUUACUCUUAUUAGAAUAGAAUAAGUUUUAUUGUAACCG